AUGAGCAGCUUCUUAGAUUACUCGGUGAUGAGCGGCGAUGGCGGGUCCUCCUCAUUGAGAUCAUUCCACUCGGACCACGGAAUUACAACUUUCCAGUCGUGCGCGGUCAAUGUGAACAACUGUGGGGCAGAAAAGCGCUUCAUGCCCAGUAGGGCUUCCCCGGAUGGCAUCCCUCACCAGACAUGGUCCUACCAGACUCCUACUGGCUCUCUGGGUUUAGCCUACGGUGCCCAUCCGGCCUGCAUCUCGGGCUAUGAACGCCAGGGCUUCUGUACCACCUACAACCAUUACGCACUGAAUCAGGAAGUGGAGUCGGCCGCGGGGUUCCCCCAGUGCGCCCGGUUAAUGUACUCCGGGAACAUUUCCUCACCCAUGGUACCGCAGCAUUGCAAAGGUUACGGGGGCGCGCCCCUGGGUCAGCUCAAGUACACUCAUGCUACCUUUGGUGGCGGGCAUGAGCAGGCCAACCUGCCUCCUUUCACUGGGUGCUCGAACCCACUGUCACCCCUGUACGCGGCCCACCUUGAAACGUGCUGCUCGCCCCUGUCCGACAGCGCCUCCAACUCACAGACCUUCGACUGGAUGAAAGUGAAGAGGAUCCCGCCAUUGACAUGUGAGUGUCAUGCAUAAGGGGACAGGAAAAUGCAGGUGUAUGUCACACCUCUCAGUGUUGGGUAUGGAUAGGAAUGUAGCCAUAAUGUCAUAACUCCAAGAAUAAAGUCAUAUACUGAACAAAAAAAGAAAUGCAACAUGCAACAAUUUCAAUGAUUUUACUGAGUUACAGUUCAUAAAAGGAAAUCAUUCAAUUUAAAUAAAUUCAUUAGGCCCUAAUCUAUGGAUUUCACAUGAAUGGUCAGGGGCGCAGCCAUUGGUGGGCCACCCACUUGGGAGCCAGGCCCACCCACUGGGGAGCCAGGCCCAGCCAAUCAGAAUGUUUGUCUCACAAAAGGGCUUUAUAACAGACAGAAAUACUCCUCAUAUCCAGGGGGCUCUGAGGUACCGGAACACAUUGAGAAGAAAAAUGUGAAAAACACAGAAAUAUCACCAUCUUUCUCUGGAUUUUUGGACUUGAAAAAUGUCUAACUCGAUUGCCUUUUCUUAUCCAUUUUUUAUUUGGCUUUCCCACAAUUCAAAUUCAGUAGGGAGAUGACUAGACUAGGCUACAUGACGUGAUUACGUAGGGACCUCUUCACUAGCUGACCCCCACAACCAAGACCUGUGUCAAGACCAGUUACUUACCCCCACUGGCCCUCCCCAUAACCUCUAUGUACAAAUAAGAGAGCAGCUCUGGAAUCAGUGUGGCAGGAUAGGAUGAUUACAUAGAAGGAUCACCGCGCUUUUACAUUAUGGUCUUUCUGGGGGGCGGGAGAAAUAACGAGGAGGCAACUUUAUUUAAUGCUGAUCGCUUUUAUUAGAAUGUCUGCAUUGGACCACCCAUACACAAAAAAAUGUAUGCACGCAUGACUGUAAGUUGCUUUGGAUAAAAGCGUCUGCUAAAUGGCAUAUUAUUAUUAUUAUUAUUAUUGUGAACAGUGAAAUAAUUAAUAAAUCAUGCCGCGAGAGGUACCGGAUCUGGGCAAAUAGGUGCCGGAACAAACAAAGUCAAAUCUGAGAGGUGCUGGAUCCUGUUCCGGCAGGAUCCGGCUCAAAUUCAGCACUGCUCACAACAGGAGAAAGUAACCCGAGUGCAGAGUGGAAGAUGAGAGUUUGGUCAUUCCAGUUUCAAAUAGAUAUGACAGCACUAUGAUGCCCUCUGGCACAACAUCACAAUGCCAUGGCAGCCAUUCUGACGCCACAAAUAUCCUAUCCAAAUGUGCAUGGUGAGUGACAUUAUCGAAUGCUGCUUAGAUACAGUAACAUGGCAUUCAGCUCUGGGUUAUUCAGCUCUGAAGCUUGCCAAACUCUCCUUUGUGACUUGUGUUUUGAACAUAACUCUUAAAGCGUUGGGCCAUAUACAAUUACCAGUCAUAAGCCUGGUAAGCUUUUGGUAUGGUGUCUGGUUUCUCUCUGGUGUGAUAUGUGGCAUGGGGGUGUUGGAGAAAGUGGUAAUCCAAGAGAUGGCAUCUAAUACCCAGCCAGGACGUGUGUAAUUGGCUGUGAAAAAGUGAUGAACUGUCCUACUGGGCACACACUGGUUGAAUCAACGUUGUUUCCACAUCCUUGCAAUUAAAUUAUGUUGAACCAAUGUGGAAUAGACAUUGAAUUGAUGUCUGUGCCCAGUGGGGUUUGCCUUUGUGUAAAAUAUUGAGUACAAAGUAUAUAAACAUUCCAAUUAUGUCAUAAUAAGUGAAUUGACUCUUCGCUAAGCCCCGCCCUAGAAUUUGGGGCAACCAAUCGCAGCACUCAAAUGGAUAGCAACUGUCAUUGAGUCUGACACCUUGAACAAGUUCACCUUUCAAACCCUUGGAAGACAAGGAGGGUUAUGGCAAAAACAGAGUUUUCAUCAAAACAUUCAUUGUUUAAAUGGCUAAAUAAUUGAACAGUGCACCAGGGGUACAUGCAACUAUGACACCUGAAAUACAGAGCCUGUUAAAGUGUUUCUUGAAACUGAAAUUAUACUGUUGUUGCAUUGUCAACAAGUUUGACCAAUUUGACUUCAGAUUCUGACGUUUAUCUACAUUUCUCCAAACAUCACAUUUCUAAGUUGCUUUGACACCCUGGUUUGCUAUGGUCCAAGCACCUAGGGGCUGGUUAAAUUUAGGCAUUCCUUCUGAAUGAUUAAGUUAAGGGUUAAGGUUUGGGAUAGGGUUAAAACAAAGGCUUACGCCCAUCCGCCACCGGAGCCGGAGCUCAAGGCUUACGCCCAUCCGCCAUUCCUGUCCACAACGCCCUAGCAAAGCCCAAGCCUACUUCAUGGUAAUAGCGCUCACAUUUGCCCCUAGUGGCGGGUUUUGAAGGCAUCUCCCAACAUCCUCGGGACAUAGAUGGACGUCCAAUUUCUAGGUGAAUUUUGUUGCUAGUUAAUAGCAAAUCUAUUUUAUUUUAUUUUUCAGUUGAAAUGUAUUUAUAAAGCCCUUUUUACAUCAGCAGAUGUAACGUGCUUAUACAGAAACCCAGCCUAAAACCCCAAACAGCAAACAAUGCAGAUGUAGAAGCACGGUGGUUAGGAAAAACUCCCUAGAAAGUCAGAGGAACCAGGCUCUGAGGGGUGGUCAGUCCUCUUCUGGCUGUGCCAGGUGGAGAUUAUAAGAGUACAUGGCCAUUAAGGCCAGCUCGUUAAGGCCAGUUAAUAUAACUCAUUUUUUGUUGUCGACAUCAGGAUAUGAUUUGAGAGCACCAAAAGUGGUUAGUAGCUUUGACUGCAUGCUGACACAGUGUAUUCAGAGCCACCCAGUGGCUAGCCACAUAAAAAAACUCAUUUUACCAGGUUCCUGUGAAGCAAUUGUUAUGACAGUCCACCACAACAUACCUGAGAGGCUCCCGAUUAUCAGGGAGUAGACCUAGUCUGUGUUUAAUUUAAUUGUGUAUUAAAACAGUUUGAGUUUGAGAUCAUUGUGAGGGGUUUUCUCCACUAGUUUAAUGGGGAAUUUCCCGGGAAUUUCCGAAGUUGCAACAGUAACCAAGGGCGGGGCUUAGCGAUGGGUCAAUUUUGCAUGAAAGGGGAGUAAAAAUGAACACUUCACAAAAGUCUUGUGGCAAUGUUUACAGUGUUGUGCAUCUGAACAUAGAUAUUUGAACUAGCUUUAGUUGUGUUAACCUCUGGGGAUCAAAAAGUGGAUUUAAACCAUGACACUACCUACCCAAACAUACUGUAUGUGCAUGGCGCACUAUGGCCAAGGAUUAUGGCUUGUGAGAAAUGUGUCACUUCUCCAACUUCCUUAGCUUUUAUUUAGUCCUGACCUCCAGGUAGCCCUCAUGUUCUCCCUUCAUCCCUCUACAGGCAGAUGAGGGGAGUAUGGCUAUGGGGGGCAGCCUACCACCGUCCGGACCAACUUCACCAACAAACAACUCACCGAGCUUGAGAAGGAGUUCCACUUCAACAAGUCCCUGACCCGUGCACAGUGCGUGGAGAUCGCCACAGCGUUCCAGCUAAACGAGACUCAGGUCAAACUGUGGUUCCAGAAUCGCCGGAUGAAACAGAAGAAGCGCAAGAAGGAAGGCCUGCUGCCCAACAAAGCCCCUGCGUCAGACCCAGGGGAUAGCUGCCUGGUGAAAGCAGAUGAUGCCGAGUCUGAGAAGUCCCUCUCUGCCCCUUCUACCCCAUCUCCCACCUUUUCAACAGUGUCCUCUGGGGUUGACCCAUACUCCUCCAGCUGA